CUGCGAUGCAUCAGGAGAAUAAACGAUCUGUUUAGAAGACACAGACUGAAAGUGACCGAAGACGAGCCGGCUGAUUGUGAAUCAGCACAGAAACAAACGCAGACCGACACCAUGGAGGAGGCUGCGUGGUGGUUUCCUCGGGCCUCUCAGGGAGCUCUGAAGUAGGAUGCACGUGUGUAUCUCCAUCUGGACGCUCCCACAGAUGAAGUCCUACCUCUGCUUACUCGUCCUGUCCAGCCUGGCCGUCUCAUCGCAACUGGGUUUGGAGGAUGUUUUCUUCAGUCCCCAGGACCAAACAGUCAGAGAAGGAGACACUGUUUUCUUCAGGUGUGUGUCCGGGGAAAGUUCAUCUCCUGCCAGCAUCACCUGGCUCAAAGACGGGAAGGUGGUCACAAGAGGAAGACAGAUUCAGGGGGAGUAUGGUGGCGGCCACCAGAAGAAAACUUCCGGCACUCUGCAUCUUUCCAACAUAACAUUAGAGGAUGAUGGGACGUACGUUUGUGUCACACACAAUCCUUCAGUGAACAUCAGCAACAAGAGCAAACCAGCCAAACUAACUGUGCAGGGAGUUCCCAGACGGCUGCAGAUCAUCCAGGGCCCUGACAACAUCACUGUUGCUAUGGGAACCGAGAUCUCCAUGCACUGUGCUGUUCGCGGUUUCCCUGUUCCCAUGGUGCACUGGUUCAAAAACGGCUGCAGCCUGACAAACUGCUCGGCCUCGUUCAGCCUGCACAACAAUGGACAGCUGCUCACAUUCAGGAAUGUGACCAAGGAGGACGAGGGCUCAUAUCACUGUGAAGCAUCCAACCAGAAAGAGACGAUCAAGUCCCAACCGGCCUUUCUUCUUCCUGCUGAGAUGGACUGGAGUUUUGUGCAGCAGCCUGUUAACCUGACGGUGAAGAGAGGUCAGAACGUCACAGUGACCUGCAGACCUCCACACAGCAGACCUGCAGCUCAGGUGUCCUGGUUCAAAAACAACCAGCUCCUCACCCCCACAGCUCCUGACGAUGUGCUGCCAAGUGGAGACCUCUUCUUUUACAGUAUUCAGGAGACUGACAGUGGGAGAUACUUCUGCAGAGCCUCCAACAUCCACCUGCAGAGAUUCCUCUCCUCCAGAAGAGCCACGCUAACGGUGCUGGCCCCUCCCUCAGUGACUCUGUGGCCCCAGCUGCUGACGGUGCCUGUGGGUGCCCGGGUGGUGCUGGAGUGUCAGGUGUCAGGUCACCCGUUACCCACCAUCAGCUGGAUCAAAAGAGGCCACUCCAAGCAGACGGGAGGCAAGGUCGCUUUAGGACUGAAAAACGCCACCAUCCACAUCCCAUCAGCCCGGAGCUAUGACGAGGGUGUGUACGUGUGCGAGGCCACAAACACUCUGGGCCAGAGCCGCAGCACAGCAACGCUGAGAGUUGCUGUGAGCCCCAUCAUUGUGAACUUUGCAGGUCAGCUGAGCUGCAGGGUCGGGACAGCAGCGGUCCUCCCCUGCAGGGCUGUAGGGAUUCUCCCCAUCACGUACUCAUGGACCAGAGGCAGAGCAGAGACACCCAUCAGUCCCUCUGAGGACACACACAUUGAUGAAGAUGGAGCUCUGCGUAUUUCAGAUGUGCAGUGGCCUGAUGGAGGCGAAUAUUACUGCACCGCUGAGAACCGAGCAGGACGACAACAGAGACGGACCAUCCUCACUGUCACAGAUCAUCCAGCUGAUAGAGGACAACAGACACGACUGGUUUUAUCUGAUAGCAUCAGCAUGAACAAAGAGCUGCCGGUUUCCAGUGACUCUCGGGUUAAACAUCAUCAGACCACACGUAAUCCAUAUGUUGAAGAGACAAUGCAUGAGAAAACAACAUGCUCCUCGUCGUUCUGUGAGGCUACAACAAAUGCUGCGACCACAUUUUCUCCACUUUCAAGGGGAGCGGUGGUUGAGCUAAUGUCACAGGGAUCACGUCUUUCACCACAACCCCUGAUUCUGCCCACAACCAAUCCAACCCAGUUGUUAGCCACAAAGAUGCAGCAUCCUGUUUUGACAACUCCUCCACAUCCAAACUUUCAGUCAGUCGCCCGCCACAACCGUCUAACAGUGACUGAUGCACCAAUAACACACAACCAGUCAUUAUCAGUCAGGAGAAGCCACCAGAAAGUAAAACUUUCGAGUUCAACUGUUCAGUAUCAACUCGCUGAAAGUCAAUUCCAUUUGGCAUCUUCACGUACAAACUCUCCUCAUCAAGUCAUUGAGGAAUUAUUGACAUCGCCUGAUUCUCAGGUCUCUAAGAUCCAUGCUGGGUCUGUAGCCACUCAAACCACAGAGCCCGUCACUGAAACAUCCCUGACUCAAUCACAGUCAAAGCUUCCAGUGAGGGGACCAUUAGGAUUUCUUAAGUUGGAUUCCUAUCUGCAGACUCCAGCACCGAAUCCUGCAACCCAAACUAUCUCGAGCCACUCAGGUUCAGGCAUCCAAUCAUCUCAAGGUCAGUCUCAGCAGUUGGUCACAGAAAGUCAAUUUUACCAAUCCGACCAGGAGCCGACCACAACCCUGAUAUCUCAAACCAAACUGGAAACCCCAAGUCACCUUCUACAUCCACAGCCUUCACCAGCCCCCUCACAAAUACCUCAGACUCACCCUCUGCAAUUCUUUCGUUUUUUACCCAAGUUCCAUCUUGAGCUGUCAACAACCCAACUUCAUCUGCUUUCCACACAAGCUCCACCUUCUUCAGUCACCACACCUCAGAUAGACCACGUUCAAUCUUCAACCACUGAACCAUAUCCUGCCAUUUCUACACAACAUCAACCAUCUUCAACACAACCUGCACAUUUCUCAAUCUCGACCAUUCACCCUCAUGAUCAGACCUAUGACCCUCCAACACUGGUCCCUGAGAUUCUCAUUGUCCCUCAGUUAAACAUGUCUGAUCAGGCACGACUUAAUGUUACUCAGCAAGGUGACCCGACCAAAUCUGUGAACGACACCGAGCUUACAGAGUGGCGGAAGAGGAACACCUCCCAAUCCCCUACGACCAGUAAUGACGCCAGAGUGACGCAGCAGUCUCCUUCAUGGCUGCCCGUGGUGGAGAAACAUGACAUCCCCAUUGUUGUGGGAGUGGGUGUCUCUUUGGCCUUCAUCUUCAUCACCGUUACCUUCUAUUCAGUGGUCCAGAAGAAUGAAGCUGCACCGACAAACCGAGCAGCUCAGAGGAAUCUGGGUGUACCCUCACGACACGCUGAACGUCGAGCUGCAGGACGUACGUAUGAAAACAGAGCUUUUGAAGAUGACGACUGUGUGGCAGUGAUUGAACAGAGCCCCAACACAUCAGACACCCGAGCCCGGCCUCCAGGACCCAGCCUGGUCACGGUGCAGAUGGAACCCACAUUUGAGGAUCUUCAAGAGGACACACAACCCGCUCUGGACAACCACUCAGUCACUGUGGAGACUUAUCCUGAACCCAUUCUCGACACAAAGAUUGAUCCGUCUCUGGAGGAAGAGAAGCGCUACAGUUUGUCCCAGCCCAGCAUCCAGCUGCAGAGCACUGAGGACUGGACCAGUAACAGAGGAGACGACCUCGGCCUGUGCCAUGAUGCCUUGCCUCCUCCAUCAUCCUUACCUUCCCCUUCUCCUUCCCCCUCUCCACCAUUCAGACGUGAGGAGGGCCUGCACUCCUCAGUAACUCUGCAAAGUCCCGAACAAUGUGUGGCACCGAUCCACCACAGCCUCAGCGUCUCACAUGGCAACUCCCCCCUGCUCCUGUCUCACCACGUCUCCUUGGGCCUCACUACGGUUGCCGUUGAUGUACAUUUUUACCCAGCGGCCACUGCUUCAAUGGCAGUAGGCUCUAGUACUCAUAUCAGUUCAGUGUCCACGUCCACUUCAGUGACUGCGCCGCUCUUCAGUCCUCCAUUAGUUAACAGUCGGGAGACAGACCAAUCGACUGCCAGGUCUCAUAAGUAGCUACAGAAUAAGACAACAAAUGACAAAUCAUUUAUAACUUUAACUUUUCUCCCAUAUCUGUGAUGAAGAGCAUAAAUUAGUUAAAUAGGAGAAACUGUAUUUAAAGGAAUAAUUCCACAUUUUAGGGAGUGUUCAUAUUGUCUCACUUGUCGAGUGAUUAAUGGUCACCCACAACUGGAGAUUUCAACUUUCUCCACCAACAAACAACAAAUCACCCACAAAACAGAAAGACACCAACAUGAGCUGCGUUUUGUCAAAAACAAAACAGGCGACAACCUGUGAAAUGGAGCUUUACUGUUUUAUUGCAGAGUUCGAAAUGUGAGGGUUUAAAAUACUGUGAUUGUUCAACGAAGCGGUGUUUCUGUUAAACCUCAACUAAAUGGUGUCAUCAGCACAUUCAUGUGGUAUUUCUUCUGAUCCUGACUGUUGACCAAGAAAUCCCAUGGAGCUCCUGAGCAUUAGCCCUGACAUGACUGUGACAUUAACCAUCUUUUCUAACUCGUGUUGUCGAAGAAUCUGUUGAGCUGUUCCUUUAAAAAGCACAUUUUAAAUUAGCAUCCUCAUCUUUUUGUUGAUUUGUGUUUCAUAGCUUUAGCACAGCACUUUUAAAAAUUACUGGUCACAUUAAUUAACGUCAACUACAGCAUUACCAUAAAUCGUUUUUCUUUCUAUUGUUUGAAUUCUUUAUUUUCUUAAUGGACGUGAAAGAGAAAAUGUGCACGUGUAGCAUGUGUCGUAUUGACUUUAUUUAUAAUAUAUGUAGGAGACACUUCAUAUGAUGUAACUGGUUAUUUCAAGUAAACGUGUUGUACAGUAGAGACCAUUGAAGUAAAGCAGCCAAGGAAACAUUACUCUGCAAUAUUUGUGAAACAGCUUGUUUCAGUGACUCUCAUUCAUUCUCUUUUAACCUACUUGACUGUUUUUUUUACAAACCAAAGGAGGGUCAUAGGGGCUGUAUCAAUAAACA